AGGGCGCCCGAAGUUUCUCCGCCUCGCCCAAAAAUUCAAGAGUCGCGACGACCACCUCUUGCGCGCCGCAUAUCAACGAUACCUUCACACACACCAAUCCGCCGCCAUGUUUAGACCGACACAGUCCCUGCUCACAGGCUCCGGAAAGUAUCGACACGUCCGGCUCACGACCAAAGAUGUCGGCAGGGGCUUCUACAAGGGUAACCGCACCGGUUCCAUGGGCCGCCACACAAAGUACGGAACGUAUCAGAUCGACUGGAACAAAGUGCGGACAUAUGUCGUGCCGGAUCUGAGCGGCUGCCAGCUCACGCCCUACGUGAGCGCGCAGAUCACAAAGCCGGAAAGCUCCUACAAGGGGAUACCCAACGGACCGCGAGACCCGUAUCUAUACAUUGAGAACUGGAAGGACAAGAACCAGGUCGACUAAGGCCAAACGACCCAUCACGAAUACGAACGAGAGGACAAGCGGAGGCUUCUCCAAGAUACUGUAUUACUCUGUGUAUAUCAAUUGUAAACCGAACAAAUAGAAGCGUCUGUCUGGGUUAGGGUAUAUG